UUCCAGAACGACACGCCACUUUGAUUCGCUCGCUGCCAGGCAAAGCACCCUUUUCCUGCUCCCUAGCCAGCGAGCAGACCCUGACGACGGCCACACGCCAAUCCUGAGUCCUCCGAAGCAGAUCAGAUUCUCCCUCAGAGUCCCAUCGCGAGAUUGUUGCCGCCGCAGCGAAAAGCAGACGGUCUCGUCUUGAUUACCCUAAUAACAUGCCGCACACAGGUCAAGCAGGAGUGAACCAGUUAGGCGGCGUUUUCGUCAAUGGACGUCCUUUGCCAGAUUGUGUCCGUCGCCGAAUCGUCGAACUGGCCCUCCUCGGCGUGCGUCCUUGUGAUAUUUCGCGCCAACUCCUGGUGUCCCACGGCUGUGUGUCCAAGAUCCUGACCAGAUUCUACGAGACUGGCUCCAUUAGACCGGGCGCAAUUGGUGGCUCCAAAACUAAGCAGCAAGUGGCCACACCCACGGUCGUCAAACGGAUCCUGCGUCUCAAACAGGAGAACCCUGGACUGUUCGCCUGGGAAAUCAGGGAGUCGCUGCUCUCGCAGAGGGUGUGCGACCCCCUCACCAUCCCCAGCGUGUCUUCCAUCAACAGGGUGCUCCGCAACGCCGGCGCCACUACGGACGCAGACCUCGCGGCCAUGCAUGGAGGCGCCAGGUCACCCAUGACCAAUCUGACCAGGUCCACUGACCAACCACAGAGCUCGUCGCCAGAUUUGAAAGCAGCCAUGGCCGCAGCGGUGGCCCGCAGAAGCUCGCCUUUCCUGCCGGCCUUCAGUCCGACCGACCAGCAGCAGAACGAGCGCCUCGUGGCCGCUCUGCAGCUACACCAGGCCGCCGUGGCGGCAGCAGCGGCCAGAGUGACCGCCAGGAGCUCCUCUCCCCUUUCCCUCACCACCGGCCCAUGGGGACACAAGGCCCCUGAGGAGGCCCCCGCAAAGAGAAACCCGUACUCCAUCGAGGAGCUGCUGAGGCGAGAACCGAGCCGGCGACCCCAACGUCCCGCCCCCCUCGUCAUGUCCGCCUCCGGACAGCCGGUGGUGCUGGUGCAGUGCGUCGGCGCCACCGUCACCGCCGACCUUCCUCCACUGUCACCCACCUCAAGUUGUUAAAAUGAAAAACUCGCACUUCUAGGCUGUAAGAUAUUCUAGGCUAUAAGGCUGGUGUGCUAAAAUUGAAAGCUGUCAAAUUUUCUGGAAAUAAUAUACCUUGAGUGAAAAACUGUCCACACUGUUCUGAUUGUUAGUGAGGCAAAAGAAUUUUUAGUUUCCGUAUACAUACUUGCCAGUAAACUUGUGAUCUCAAAACACAUGCCACGCAAUUUUAAUUGCAUCAAUCCAAAGUUUGUUUUUGCAACAUUACCAGCAUUCCAUUUUCGUGUAUAAUUGUGUAUAUGAAUUUAAAUGCGCUUAUUUUACUACGCAGUCGUAGCUGCGUGGGUGAAAAAUCCAUGUAACUAGGUUUAGCUCUUGCCGUUAAGAAGUAAAAUGUAAUUGACGACUGAAUGUGUGUUCAUUAUGAGGUUGUCCUUUAAACAAUAAUGCUUAUCUUGUCUGUGUACUCCUAAAAGAUAUGAUAGAAUAAACCUUGUCAAUUAGA